AUCUUUAUUGUUUAAAAUCAUUAAUUGCUAUAUAUAUAUUUUAGUCACAUUAGGUAAUUUCAUAGGUUAUAUUAAGGAAAGCCUGCGAAACAAUAAAGAUUUGAUAUAUGCGAUUAAUUAUAGUCUGUGAUUAUUUUGCUAGAGAGUAUACAUUUUAGACUAAUGUUUAUAUAAUGUGCUCUGAAAUAGGAUUUAGAAGGCAUAUACAAAAUUCAGGUUAUAACUUUUUAAAAGAUCCUCAAUUAAUAUAUAGUAUACGAGUCCAAUAUACAAAAAGACACUUCCAGAAUUAAAACAUAGGAAUCCUCAAACUCUCCAGUUAGAAUUUGCUUUCUUUUGCUUAGCUACUCUCAUCAACAUUAUAAUUUUCUCUGUUUGAAUGUCUUUUUCUGUGUAAGGAAGGGGAUGGGAAGGUUUCUUGGAAGGGAUGAAGAAAGCUCGGCGGCUGAACAACCAUAACCAUGUGUUCUCUAUGCUAAAAGCUCGCUGUCCCCGGGAAGACAAAACGGCUCGUGACAUUAAACAGAGCGGGGCACUGUUACCACGUGUUAGGUUAGAGAAAAGCUGAAGAGGUUUGUCCUAUGACAAUGAAGUUUAUGGUUCGGGAAGUAACUCCAUUGUCUACAAAUUAUCACAGAACAUGCUCUCUCAAAGUACACAGCAGUAGCUUCAUAAGAAUCAAUAUUCACCUUUCCAUGCAUGAACCGGGGAGUUAGAAAAUCAUAAACCCAUCCGGUUUGACCAAACCGCAUUAUUGUGUUGAAGAACCAAGGAAGUCGCGCAAAAAAUAUUAUAAAUAUCCGAGGGAAGGAAGAUUUGAUUUCACUUAUUUUACAGAGAGAGAUCUUAGGGUUUUCGGGUAUCUUGCGAGUUUAUACAGAGAUUUCUAUCUAAUAUGGUGAGUUUAACCUUUCCUUUCGUGUUUAAUCUACUUUCUGAAUGUUUCUCAGAUGGAUUCAGAUGAAUCGAUUUAUUUUUCUGUUAAUUCACUUGCAUGUCAUAAGAACUAUGGGCUGAUCAUAUCUAGUUUAGGUUUGUUAAACUAAUCAAAGUUGUUAGCUUUGGUGUUUCUAGCUGCAUGAGCUGUGGUAUUUUUGUUUUCAAUUUUACGUCUUUUCCUGAACCCAAUAUUUGGUCUUUUGUUGUUUUGUAGGAUUCGAUGGGAACUCAAACAACUGUUUUGGCUGUGACGGAUGAUGUUGUCUUGCCUGUUAUCUCUGUUCUAACUGUGAUGAAAGUUGUCGGGGUCGAACGUUGUGAUCCUAUGAUUAUUACUCAAGCCUCCACAAUAAGUCAGGUUCCUUUGGAUUCUUCCUCAGUGGACGCUGUUUUAGCCGUUUCCACAACAUCUGAGUUCCCUACUGAUAAAAUAUAUGGCGAGUUCUCAAGAAUUUUAAAGCCUGGUGGUAGUGUUUUUGUGUGCACCAAUUCGGAGGGUGAGAAUGUAGAGUUGCAACAGACCCUUCAAAGGAGAGUGACGUUGGCUGGUUUUAUGGAGCCACAAUCUCUUGAUUUGACAUCAAUCAGGCUGCCUAACUUCAGCUUAUCCGUUGGGGUGAGCUCUUUUAUACAUGUCUUCUCUUUCACCCCUGUUUCAGUAUGAGAAUCUCUUGACCAAAUAUCAAACUGGUUUUUCUUUUCUAGGUUCAAGCUUAUUCUUGACCUACUACUUACCUUUGAAAGUUUCGUAUAUCCUCUACAUUGGCUCAUCCAUAUAACAGAGGAACUUGUUGAUGUUGCUCACAAACACACAUUGGAACCGUACCAUCAAUGAAGAACAGCAUUGCUGCUUUGUUUUAAUAUUGGUGUCUACAGUUUGAUCACUAUUCACACUCCUCUAAGCUGAACUUCUAACUGCUCUAUUCGCAUAGCCAAAUCAUGCUUACCGCCAUUUUUCAACCCACCAGUCACCAGUCACCAUAUCAAAGCAAUGUGAUAUUGGCACCAAACCCAUCUCAACUGCGUCCACCACGACCUCACAUUGUUAUUAGAAAUUGUGUAAACACGCGCCUGUUAGGCGGAUGAGUCCUUCACCUUCAUAUCACUGAAAAAGCUAAACGCUUCAUCAAACAUCCCAUUGCUACACAUCCCCUUGGUUAUAGUACCAUACAAACUCGGAAACAGCUUAUGCCCAGCUUCCACGCAGUUGUUCAACAACAAUUUUAAACGCCUUAUCUGUCUUCCCAAACCCAAAUCUUCGAAACCCCAGGUAUAAGUGUGUUUGUUAAGUAUGUUUUGCAAGAGUCGAUAUGU